AUGGAAGAGAUAAAGCAUGCUUUGAGAUCACUUGGCAAGGGAGAAAAAAUCACUAGAAUAAUGGCUCAAUCCUUGCUAAAAACUAUAAAACAAUAGAAUAAAGUUAAUUUUUUGAGGAAUAUCUUUGAUGUAAUCUUCAAUCACUCGGAGUUAAAAAAGGAUGAUCAAUUUCUUGUAGAUAUUUCUGUCAAAUUAAUAAAGAGAAACAUUGACGACCAAUUUUUAAUGGAGCCUGAAAUAAUUGGCUAUGUUGUCAAAGAGUUAACUCCGUAAAUCUCCAAAUUCAUCAAUAAGACUCAAGAUAUGUUUGAGUAUAAUAGGGAAUAGCUCAGUGAAUUGUUUUGCAUUUUUAUUAGAUAUUUCGAAAUAGAUUUCAGAGAUGUAAUAAACAUUUAGUCAAAUCAAGAUAAAGUUACAGAUAAGCAAAUCAGUCUUGUGCGCUAAUUGAUUAAAUCUGAGCUUAUAUUGAUUGAAACAGAAUUUAUGUUUUUGAGAAAUUUAAUAAAAAGAUGUGAUCCAUUGGCUAGAAUUAAUCUUUUUAUUGAUAUUGUACUAGUAUGUGAAGAAGGAUUCAAUGUUGAAGAUCUAUUUUCACUCAUUUUUUCUGCACAACAUUGCCAGCAAGAAUAUCUAGAGGGUUACUUAAGAAUAUCAGAUAUUGAGCCAAUAAUCUACUCAGAUCAUCUUAAUACAAUAUUAAUGUGGGUUUAAAAAGCUGACAUUCAAAAGCAUUAAGAAGUAGAAUCCGUGCUUAGAAUAUUCUCAAAUGUUUAUAACUCAAUCAAGGUACCCCUAAACGAAAGAAUUGUAAAUAAGAUUCUAGAUAACUGCUUGAAGCUUGUCGUAUUGAAACUCAAAUAAGACUCUGAAUUUAUUAGUGAUGACACGAUGGCAUUCAUUGUAGAAUUCAUUUUAUCAAUAGAUUAGAAGUUUAAGAAUAAGAAAUAAUGCUAGAGUUACUUGAUUUAAAUAACACAAGAUUCAAUAAUAAAUGACAAAGACAAAAAUGUAAGACAGGGAGGUAUACUCAUGCUUUUAGUUUUAUCAAGAUACCUAGAUACCUCUUAAAUUUCAGAAAUCUAUCCAUUAGUCAUUAUGGUUAUGUAAAUGUGCUAAUUUUACAAGCAAGAUGAAGCUAUCGUUUAAUCAGUUAUCAAAGUUCUCAAAUAUAUCUUGACGAUUAGUGAUCAUUGUCUUUUUGAAUACUAUGGACUUUAGAUUCUGUAAUUUCUCCAUCAAAACUUCAAUCUGAAUUAGCUUUAAGUUCAAAAGGAAGUAUACUUCACGCUUAUUGUAUUUAUCAAGGAGAUGGGAGAUUCUAAAGAAAAUCAAAAUGAUUCAAGUAAAUUGUAAUUAGCAUUCGCGUAAAUAGCUAAUGCAGUAUAUAAACUAAUGAAUGACCAAGAAAAUCAUAUCUGGCUAUUAAAUUCAUUGCAAUACAUAUUAAAACAGGUUACUGAUGAAACCAUCAUAAAUAAGUUAGUAGAAAAAGUAUUGGAUAGUGAAAACAAAGAAUCUAUAUUGGUAUUUUCUAAAAUUGCCAUAAAUUAAGAGAAAAAUAUUAACAAACAAAAUCUGAUCUUGUUUAACAUGAAGUUGCAUGCAAUGCUAAAACUCAAAAUGAAUUAGGAGGAAGUCUUAAAAUCUGCUAGGAUACUCUUAAGGAAUGAUAUUUUUAGCGAAAUUUUGAAAUCUCAAUAGAUUUAUAUAUUAUCAAUCGCUAUUCUCAGGGAUUAGAUAUAAAUCCUCUCGUAGAUUGAUUUGCAAUUUGACCUUAACAAUUCAAGCGAGCAGAGAUUUAACUAAGCCUUAGCUUCAUUAAGAUAAUCAUUGAAAAAUAUCAAUGAGAUUAUAGAGAAAGGAAUUAAAAUAAAAAUACCUAUUGAGAUUAAACUUUCUGACAUCACGCUCUUUAUUGAAUUGAUUAAGGUCAUCUAAAAGCAUUAAGACUACUAUGCACCCAUAAAAACGAUUCUAUCUAAACUUUUAAGGAAAGUAUUCUUCCUCCUUUACAAGGAAUCAAUGCUAUAAGAAGCUAGAAUAAUAAUGUAAUACUACUUUAUUCAAUGCUUAACUAGCUAGAAAUUGAUUUAAAAUGAAAAAAUACAGAUAAGCAAGGAUCUCAUCCAUAUUAUAUUGAACAAUCAUGAGGAAUUUAUCGAAAAUUCAAUAUCUCCUGAUUUGAUAACAUUUUCUUAGAUCCUGUUGAAUCAACUAAACAUAAGUUUCAAGCUUUAAUCAGAGUCUCUAAACUAAAGCAUAAUGAACAUAAUUUUCGCUAUGAUAUAGGUCAUUCCAUAUCAAACAGUAUCUCUAUAAAAUGUUAUGUACAACCAGUAUAUACAAAAGACCCUCAAAAAUAACUAGCCCAUCAAGCUUUUCAAAACUCUUACCUUAAAAUUCCUAUAUAAAGUCUUGAAGUAUUCAAUGAUUUCAGCUGUUAGUAUAAUGUACAGCUCCUUUGAAGUCUUCUUGAAUUUUAUGACAGAGAAAGAUGAUAAGUAACUCCUAAAAAUUUCAAUAAAAGGCCUCAACUUAAUGGUGUAAUUAUCUGCUUUUACAAAAACAGAGAAAGAUAUCAAGACAAUAUUGCAAAAUAUUCAAGCGAUUAUUAUAGACAAUCAAAUACAAAGUCUUCAUGACUAAAUGAUAUAUAAAAUAUUAGCUAACUGCAUCAACAUUGUGAAUGUAGUAUUGAAAUAAUUGAUUUCUGGAGAUUACUAAGAUGAGUAACAAAUUUUAUUAAAUAUUCAAACCCUACUAAGCUAUUGGCUAAUACAUAUUAUAAAUUUAGAAAAGAAAAGUCAUGAUAAUUAUGAUCAUAUAGAGACUUUUAUACAUAUUCUUACUAGUAAUCAUUUAUUCCUUAUAGGUAAAAACAAUUAAAAUCUAUCAGGAAUACUAAAGAUUUUGAGUUUAUCUUUGACUGAAUACUGCUUUGAAAAUGAUGUUGAAGUUGAGGUUGCUGAAGUACUUCUUGAAAUUUAAACUUAACACCCUAUGAUAUUUAUUAUGGCUAUGACUAUCCUUGAUAGCGAUGAGAAAUAAUUUAUUAAUAGAUUGAUUGAAAAGAAAUCAAAUAAGAGUAAGAGUUAGAAAAAUGGAUUAUUAGAAGUAAAUGAUGUCUGA